GAGGCCUGACUGCAGUGAGGAAAGAAAAGGGAAACUGAAAGUGAUUCCACCUGAAGAAAAUUCCCAGAGUAGGAAAAACCUAGCAAAGGUUCCUGUACUAGGAAUAAAAAGUGAUGAAAGAAAACUUGUACGGUAUUAAACAGAGGCAUGGAGCAUUCAAAACACACAUCUUGGGGAGAUUGCUUCAACAAGCACCACCUUGUCAGGUCCUACUCAAAGACAAGAAAGCAGCACCAUCGUGAUCAUCAUGCGUUUGCUAAAAUUCUUCCUUGCGCUGCUUCUCUUCAAAGUAAGCUCCUCCCUACACUGCAACAGCCUUGCCUCUAACCAGAACAAAGUGAACAAAGAUGGCUUAGACUUCUUGGACAAAAUGAGGAGAAACCUCUCCCCCCAGUGCCUAAGCGAGAGGCUGGAUUUAAAAACCAAAGAUAUUUUCAAAAUUGAACUGUCACAGAAGGAUAAUGCCAAGGCAGCCAUCCAGGAGCUCCUCAAAGCUAUCUUCUAUGUCCUCAGCAACAAUCUCACACAAACGACCUGGCAAGAGAGUUCCACAGAGAAAUUUAAGAACGGCCUUCACUGGCAGAUUGAGAACUUGGAGACGUGUUUGGAUGCCGAGAGGGAGAAGGGGGAAAGAAGCCCUGGAAAAUAUAACCCCUUGGUCACCAGACUGAAACUGAAGAGAUAUUUCCAAGCAAUAGACAAUUUCCUCAAAGAGAAGCAAUACAGCCAGUGCGCCUGGGAGAUUAUUUCUGUGGAACUGUCAAGGUGCUUUCAGUUUAUUGACAAACUCACUAAAAAGCUCAGCACUUCAACUAAUGUUAUGAAAACAUCUGAAUGAAGUCCAUCUCCACUGAAGUACCUCACAACUCGGCUGGAUCACUCAGCAGUACCUUCUAAGAUUCCUUACAUCCAACUUGCAAUCAGCAUUUAGCCCAAAGCAUAUGUUACAUUGUUCCAUAAUAUUCCAUUAUUUCAUAAUGAUAGCAAAAGAUCUCAUGUGCCAACAGUCCCAGAAGAGGCCAAUGUCUCCUGUGCAGCAUCCCCUCCUAACCUGCCUGGGACAGGAGUUCCACCAGACAUUCCAACAAGGACUUCUUAACAGACUUCUAAGCAGGAGAGGCAGGUUUCGCUACAAGGCUAGGAAGCAAGAUACACUUGCACUGAAUUCAUUUUUCUGUCACAACUAACGUUCCUCACUGUUACUGUACAAGUAUUUAUUCUCUUACUGCACUCCAAACAUGUUUUUACCUCAUUUUAUGGGAUGUGUAAGUG